AUGGGCAGGUGCCCAUUGCGGCCAAUCCUUUUGCUUCUGGUGUUAUUACAAACCUUUACCUUCGUUGUUUCGUUUAAUAUCCGGGUUCCUCAAACUUCUGCAACCAUUUUUGUUCCAAUUACUGUGACAUGGUCGCUUAGCAAUGGAGAUCCAACGUCGUUCGGGCUCAUGGAGAAGGAUGUUGAUGAUGGCACAAUCGGCUCGGUGGUCGCUGUAAAUGCAGGUUCUUCAUCUGUUGGAAACGCAGAAUUGACAUUUGUGAAGGCUGGGAUUAACACUGUCUCAGGCAGUAUGUUAUUCAAGGGAUUCUGCAACUGUCUCUUGCGCCAGGCGAAACUCCUGAGCCAACCGGUGGUGCACCUCAAAUCGGGGUGGUUGAAAAUACGAGUUUGA